UGAUACAAUUCAGGUGAUCCAAUGGCUGAGCGAACCGCCACUAGUCGCCCCCAGCGCUGCGGUAGUCCUUCACCGCUCUGUGAUGUCUCUCUCAUCGCCGACCCAACGUCACGUCCGCACUUGAACUUAAAUUUCAUCCCAUUCUUCAGAGGCAACCCCUGCCACACACGCACGGGGUACUUCCAGAGAGACAGGACUCGUCACGCCUAAUGCGAAGAACUAAAGAAAUAGUGGACCUUGACAGAGUUGGAGAGGAGGUGGUGUCUUAAUUGUCGCCGGCCUCUUGCCUGAGUCUGCAUGAGCGAAGAGUUGCAAGUCUGCGCACUGAUGCCAGAGCACAUGGAGAUCGGUGCCAACGGUUCCAUCACUUGGCAUUCCAAAUGCGCAGAGGAAUUGGGAAUUUAGAAUCAUUUUAAUACAGGCUUUAAAAGCAAGAUCUUACGGCGUCUAUGCAAGAAAACAACUGGAAGAUAAAUAGCUGUAGUCUACAUAGUGUAAGGAUUGUUCUGAGAAUAGUGUAAAUUAAGCGCAAUUCGUUUAUCAGUUUUCCGUGGAGAAAAGAGGGUGCAAAUCAAUUUGGGACAUAACUGUCACGUUAUUUCGCUUCCUCUUCGCCUAAUCAACGUUUCAGGAACAUAUCGCUCUCACCAGACUUUUACGCACCGUGAUUUCAGUCCAGGUGCUCAUGUUGUUGGUCAACAUACGGCUUUCCGUGUACGCGUCAAACCACGAGACUUACUUGGUGGACUCAAGAAGACAGGUCUUUUUUUCCCACUGAACUUGAUUAACUAAAAUAGUACCAAUAGGGAAAACGCCUCUCCCCACGAAGAAAAUAAGAACAUUUGGAGCAUUUCGGAAAAGUUACUGGAAAUCACAGGGGAGGACACGGGAGCAGCUGACUCAAGUUCAGGUCUCCGGGCGAUGCGAGUGUAAAUGCGAGGGCAAUGUCCCGUCGUAAGCAGGGGAACCCACAGCACUUACCCUUGUCACAGAGGGAGACAAUACGACCAGCAGAAGCCAAUCAUGAGGCGGAGGCGGGUCAGCGCUCCCCGACGGUCUCUGUGCCCAGUCCGGCGGGCAGCGUCGGCGAGCACGACCUCCUGACCUGCGGCCAGUGCCAGACCAACUUCCCGCUCGGCCACAUCCUGCUGUUCAUCGAGCACAAGCGGCGGAUGUGCCGCGGUGGCGGCGGCGGCGUGCCGGACUGCUACGACAAGCCGGGCGAGCGGGGCAGCCCCUCGCCACUGCGCGGCCGCCACGAGGGAGCUCACCGGCGGCCGGUGGAGGUGGGCGUCCAGGUGACCCCCGAGGAGCACGAGGAGAGGAGGCUGACGCCCGCCAAGGGGAUCUGCCCCAAACAGGAGAGCAUCCCAACAGGUAAAGAUGAGCCCUCCACGUACAUCUGCACCACGUGCAAGCAGACCUUCAGCAGCGCCUGGUUCCUGCUCCAGCACGCCCAGAACACGCACGGCAUCCGCAUCUACCUGGACUCGCACCUGAGCGGAGGCUCGCUGACCCCGCGCAUGGCGCUCCCUCCGCCGCUGGGCGCCGACUCGCUGGCGCGCUCGCCCCUGGCCAGCUUCCUGGGCGACGCCAACAACAACCCCCUCCACCUGCUGCGCAUGGCCGCUCCGCUGCUCCGCGAGGCCCCGCCUCCUCCGCUAGCGCCGCCGCCGGGCUACAUGGACACGCGGCUGCCCUCCACGCCGCCUUUCAUCAGCCCGCAGCCGCCGCCGCGGCACCACCACCCUCACCACCACCCGCACCACCCUCACCACCCUCACCACCCUCACCACCCGCACCCUCACCCGCUGGAGCGCCUGGGCCCCGAGGAGAUGGGCAUGCUGUCGCAGCACCCGAGCGCCUUCGAGCGCGUCCUGCGCCUGGCGCCCAUGGCCGCCGCCGAGCAUCAUCACCCGCCGCCGGCCAGCAUGGACUUCUCGCGGCGGCUGCGCGAGCUCGCCGGCAACAGCAACGGCGGCGGCCCCGGGGCCGGCGGAGGACCCACGCCGCCCGUCUCGCCCAACCGCGUGCCGCCCAUGCACCGGCUGCUCAGCCCCACGCUCUUCCAGCACGCCACCAGCGGUGGCGCUAGCAAGCCGCCAGGCUCCUUCCUGAGCGGGCCGCCUCCGCACAGCAUCCUGCUAGCCGCCCAGCAACAACAACAACAACAGCAGCAACAACAACAACAACAACAACAACAACAGCAGCAGCAGCAGAUCCGGGGCAGCAGUGGAGCCUCGUCGCCCCUGGGCCUCAACGCCAAGUCCAAGUCGUGCGAGUUCUGCGGCAAGACCUUCAAGUUCCAGAGCAACCUGAUCGUGCACCGGCGCAGCCACACGGGCGAGCGCCCGUACAAGUGCCACCUGUGCGACCACGCCUGCUCGCAGGCCAGCAAGCUCAAGCGCCACAUGAAGACGCACAUGCACAAGGCGGGCUCCGUGAGCAGCUCCCCGGAGCCCGGCGGCGGCGGCGGCAAGGACGCGUCCGGCGAGCAGCACAGGGGCCGGGACGGCGCCGCCUCAGGCGGGGGAGGGGAGGGCAGCACCGGCCAGGAGAACGAGGAGGACGAGGAGGAGGAAGAGGAGGAGGAGGAGGAGGAGGAAGAGGAGGAGGAUCUGCCGCCGCCGCCGCCGCAACAGAACGGAGGCCGGCCCAACUCCAACCUGAGCAUGGAGUCGGAGUUCAACAGCCGCAACCGGGAGAACGGGCCGCGCGCGUCGCCGGGCGACAACAAAGCCAGCGCGGCAUUGGAGAGGAUGGCGCACGGCCCCUUCAACAAUAUCAACCUUGACAAUCAACUGAGGAUGCCUCUACACGGGCAGCCUCCCCGAGACAGGACCUCUGAGGAGGAGGAGGAGGAGGAGGAGGAGGAAGAGGAGGACCCAGCCGCGAGGGAGAGGAGACACCAGGAAGAGCCGGACGUGGUCGUCAACGGGCGCGACUGCGGCUCGGAGGACUCCCUCCCCGGCAUGCUGUUCCGCCGCAAGCCGACGCCCAUCUCCAGCCCCGGCCUCCAGGCGUCCAAGCGCAUCAAGGUGGAGAAGGACCUGGAGCUGCCGCCCAUGCCGCUCAUCUCCUCGGAGAACGUCUACUCGCAGCUGCUGGCCGGCUACGCCGCCUCGCGCCACUUCAUCCGCGGCGAGCACUUCCUGGGCUUCGCCAGCGCGCGCGAGUCGCCCUUCGGCACCUCGUCCGAGCACUCGUCCUCGGAGACGGGCAGCCUGCGCUUCUCCACGCCGCCCUGCGGAGGGGACCACGACGGCGGCGGCGGCGGAGGCCUCUCGGGUCGCGGGAGCGGCUGCGGCAGCGGGAGCAGCACGCCGCACAUGCACCGCGGCCCGGGGCCCGGACGGCCGCCCAGCUCCAAGGACCGGCGCAACGACACGUGCGAGUUCUGCGGCAAGGUGUUCAAGAACUGCAGCAACCUGACGGUGCACCGGCGCAGCCACACCGGCGAGCGGCCGUACAAGUGCGACCUGUGCAGCUACGCCUGCGCCCAGAGCAGCAAGCUCACGCGCCACAUGAAGACGCACGGCCAGUUCGGCAAGGAGGUCUACCGCUGCGACAUCUGCCACAUGCCCUUCAGCGUCUACAGCACCCUGGAGAAGCACAUGAAGAAGUGGCACGGCGAACACUUGAUGGCCAGCGACGUCAAACUUGAGCAGGCGGAUCGGGUGUAGAGGUGGUAACACACCCCUCUCCACCCGAACAGACACCCACCCUAUGUUGUCACAAACAGCUCCUUCACCAAGACUUUUGUCAUGAGGCUUAAUGGAUGAUCUUUUUGUUUUUGUUUUUUUUGGUUUUUUUGCUCUUUCCUGACUUGAGACUUGUGGAAUGACAAUUUAUUUUUUUGUUUGUUUGUUUAUUUGUUUGUUUGUUUGUUUGUUUUGAUUUGUUUCUUGUUACAGAAAAAAAAUGCCACCUGAGAAAAAAAAGAGGAACUGGAAGUGUGUGAGAGAAAAAGACAAAAAAAGCCCUGUUUGGCAUCUCCCAACAGCAAAGGAUUUUAGUCGUGUAGGAAUCCAUGGAGCCUUUCUACUGUGCAAUAAUAUCUGUAUUUAUUGGGUUUUUGUAUUGAAUCAAGGCAUGUGCAGGUACAUUAUCAUGGCAUAUUGGAUACUUUCUCACAGAGAUAGUUUUGAAAUAUGCUGGACUUUGAAAAGAGAAAAAAAAACCCAGGCUACAAUGUUAAGACAUAUACUGAGAUGUUGGCAUAGUGCCACUUUUAAAAAUUCACCAGUUGUUUUGUUUUGUUUCUUUUUUUUCCAGGGAAGUGGUUAUGCACCCAGUAGAAUAAGUUCCCAUGAAGAGAUCAACUUCUAAAAACAAUCCAAGAUGCGCAUUUUUUAUUUUUUUUGCAUAUACAAGGAUAUAAGCUUACAACAAUCCCUUCAUCAUUAUUUUUAUUAUUGUUAUUUCAUUAGGUGAAAGCACUGAAUAUGUCAGCUUGACAAUAAAUAUAAAUUUUAAAAAUGAGAGGAUUUUGAAAAAAUCCCUGAGCAUUUAAGGCAGCUAAAAGGUAGUAAGACUGCCCUGUGAUUGAAAAUAGAAAAGAAAAAACAAUGAAACAAUGACCCUUCUGACCCAAUCAUCAUACGCACAAAUAUGGGCACAUGCAGCGGAUGAUCUCUGAAUAUAGCUAGAACCUCUUGAAUACCAAGAAGAGCUCAUUUGUGUGAAAAAAAAAAAAUCAGUGAUAAGUUUACUUGGGGGGAGAAGCUACAGGGAGAUUUGGAUGUAGUUGUCCAGAUCCUCGCAAUGCAAUUUUAAGAUUAUCAAAAUGUUUACGUUGGCAUCUUGUCAUCCCUCUUAUCGUCGUUUGUUUGUUUACUUGAUUCGCCCUCAUCCGAGCAGACUCGGGCGUGCUUUUUAGCACUGUGGAAGCGAAGUGCCCGCCGCAGCCAAUGUGUUACAUUCCAAAAUCUGUUAGACAUUAACACUGAUCUCGCAGACAUCCCUCUGGCUGUCCGGGCUUUUCCCAGCAAAGCACUGCCGCCACCUCAUGCGCCUGCUCCUUCUCUCGCUCGCUCGCUCUCAAACUGUGCCGUGUUUCGAGACGCCAUGCCGCGCACUAGCCGUCGAGAGACACAGCCUGAUUGGUUACACUUCACACUUGAAAUGUUACACUGUGCUCCCAUCUUCUGAGCUCCCAGCCCCCAGUCUAUGGGGCAUUGUGUGUGUGUAUGUGUGUGUGUGUGUGUGUGUGUGUUUGUCUGCGCAAUGCAUGUCCCCGGACGAGUGCUUCAUCCACCAAGGACCCCGGGAAUGAAAAUGAUUUUCUCAUUAACGCCUCUCUCUCUUCCUCCCUUCACUGUCUCUUUUGCUCUCCAUGUCACACACACUCCCUCUCUCACCCUCGCUCUCUCUUUCACACACACACACACACACACACACACAGUUCCCAGUGGCUCUGAGCCUCCCCAUCCACCUGCAGCCUUUCAGUGCUCAUCAAAUCAGCUUCAUACAUCUGAGAGUGCGGAACGCCGUGCACGGAGCGAGGGCCUAUUCACUCCACCAGUCGCUCUCGCUCUCUCCACGGACCAUUUCAGCACCGUGUUGUUCCCAUUGGCGUCGCUUCUGUUUUACGUGGUCUAAUUUUAGCACACAUAGCCCCCGCCCCCCCCCCCCCACACACACACACACACACACACACACACACACAUACACAUACAAUCAAUUCAUAUCUGAUCUGAAAUUGUACACUAACAAAAAUGAAACGCAACGCAUUCAUCUCAAAGAUGCGGAUGACAAGAGGGCACUGGAGAGAGGAAAAAAAAAAACAUUUGAAAAAUCUUAUUUAUAUUAGUGUUAACAAUCAGCCUGAUUUCUGUUCACCAUACAACAUUAGCACAUAGAAAACAAUGAAAGGGAACUUGGUAUUGAUGACGGUUUGAAUUUUAAAAAGUGAGAUAUCUUAGUAGUGUGAAAGGGCUCCAGUCAGAAUUAUGUUUUCGCUUCAAGUGCCCGGUGCUGUCAAGCCUCAACAUGUUUGCAACCCUCUUCAGUUCGUCAUGGAUGGGCCUGAGAGGGAAAUGUUGGUGUACUACAGAUUAGUCCAGAUAUUACACUUACUUAGUCCCUCCCUAUGUAAGCUCCUUGUUUCAGGUAACAAAAAAAUUCAGAAAAGGGAAAACAUUGGUAGCCAGUCAAAUUAUAGAAAGACAGUAAUUUAUAGGAUAAAUAUUUAUGAAUUUGGUGUGUUUGUGUAGUUUUUAAAGUAUGAUGCUACAUACUUUGGUUUAAAUCAUUUUUUUAUUUUAAUUUUAUUUGCCAACAGUGAAUGGAGACAAACUGGAUUGAAAUAGGAAAAACAGUAUGAAUGACACUCUCACGUCUUACAAUAUGUUUACAGUACAGUGUUGAAGUACAAGGGUAAGGAACUCCUGUGUAUAUGUGUUUCAAAUGAGAAAGUAUUAUUUUCUCCAAUGUUUUCUAUCACUUUUCUGAAUGCCAUAGGAGCUUUUUUGGUUGGUGCAGGGGAUUAAAUGUUAAUGGAUAUACAUAUACAAUUUGUUCACUGUUAAAUACGCAAUGUAUUUGUAAUUUUAAAAAUUCCAGUGGCAUUUUAUGAAAUUGAUGCAAAAAAAAAAUCCUUUAUAUUUUGCAGUCCAUUAUGAAAUUGUGAGUCUAUUCAAAUGUUUUUUGUCACUAUAUCUGUUACAAUUUUGGUAAAUCUAUCCUGAAUGGGAUAUUAAAAAAAUAAAAAAACAAAACAGUGA